CGCGGGGAGGCCGCUCAGUUCCCCUCCCCUGCAGGUGACAUGGGCGGCGACGAGGCCCCCUGGACCUGGGGCUCACCUUCAGGGGGGGCUGUGGCCGAGGGGACCCUCCCAGCAUCCCGGCCCGGGCCCACGCUCAGCACGGGGACCACUGGAAGCCCAGGCGGCGCCUCGGCAGCCCCGAGGGCUCACGGGGACACAGGUUCUGCAGGGAAAGCGAGGUCCGAGCAGCUGCGGCCCACAGCUAGCAGGGCAGCGCCCCCAGCCCCCUCCCCAGCUCCCUCCACCUCGUCCGGACCCCUAAGCCCAAGCCCCCCACUGACCUCCAACCCCGCACCCCAGCACCUCCCAGUCUCAACAGGGGCGGUGACCUCAGAGCCUCCUCACACGUGGCCUCCCAGCCCAGACACUGCCUCCUGGAGGAGCCCCGACCUCAGCUCCAUUACCCCAGGCCUCACACCGGCCGCCCCUGAAGCCACCGCCUUGAUGGCGGAGCUCUCACCUCCCCCUCCACCCACCUCGCCCCCAGAACGGACCUUGGACUCCUCUGCACCUGCAGGGGUGACCCGCCUUUCCCCCACCCCAGAGCCCACCCCAGAGCCUGACACAGCCUCGGGCUGGGUCACCGCUCCACACCCCAGCACGGCCGCAGAAUCUUUUAGGUCCCCGCACCCGGUCACAAGCCCUCCCCCCACCUCCGCCCUUCACCCCAACACGACCUCUCAGCACACGACCACCCUUCUCCCCACCACAGCCCUUCCGGCCACAGCCCCUGACCCUGCCGUGCCCUGGCACCCCACUGCCACCAGUCCCCAACCCCCCUUCACCCCUCACCCCCCCGCGACGCUGGCCACUGCCUCUGCCCCUGGGAGGACCCCGCAGACCCUGACAGGGGCUGGCGGCCUCGCACCGGUGCCCGCGGUUGGGCCCAGCUCGCACCCGCAGGCGCCCUCCUCGGGGGUCCCUCAGCUCUCCACGCCCCCGACGUCCCUCCUGGACCCCCCUGUGGACCCGGGGACGGACGCCACAACACCUGGAAGCCAGAGUCCGGGGCCCAGCCCGCCGUCUGCCCAGCCCCCCCCGGAGAAGCCCUGGGGCCGGGACUGGGGCUCGGCUUACCUGGCGACGGGUUGGGUGCUACUGGAUCGGAUACUCCUAGUGGGGGGCGCCAGCCUCGCCCUGGGCGGCCCUGGGGCCUGUGCUCACACCACCCCCGGAGGCUCCUGCCAGCAGGUGGGGGCUGCGUGGGGGAGCCGGAGGGGCCCGCAGAGGGAGAUCGGGGGCCUCCGAGGAGCCCCGGCAGUGACGCGGGGCUGUGGCUCUGCAGGGCGACUUCUGAGCACCCCACUGACAGGAAUGCAGCGUGAAGGUCACCCUUCUUGCAGCGUGGCCGGACGCGCCCAGGGAGCUGCAGCGCAGCGCGGUUUCAGGCCGGCAUUGGCCGCUGUGGCCAGAGAACCCCCAGCCUGCGCUCGCCCCGCCGGCGCCGCGGGCCGUUCGCCGCCGUCUUGCCUCUUCCUUCUGGACGUCUCCGAACGGAUCACCCCCGGAGACUGGCUGCUCCCCCGCACCCCCACCAACCUGGGCCGCCAGCCGGCCCUCCUUUUCAGGGCCGAGUAA